UGGAAGUGUCGCCAUGGCGAUAGGUGAGGUGUGGACCCGGGUGAAGAACGUGUGCCAGCAGAAUGGCCUCCUCAUCCUGUCGGUACUGGCCGUGGUCAUCGGCUGCCUGCUGGGCUUUUUCCUGCGCUCCAAGCACCUCUCCGAACAGGAGGUGAAGUAUUUCCAGUUCCCUGGAGAGUUACUGAUGAGGAUGCUGAAGAUGCUCAUCCUGCCUCUGGUUGUCUCCAGUCUGAUGUCAGGUCUGGCAGCGCUGGAUGCUAAGUGCUCCAGUCGUCUUGGAAUCAUGACCAUCUCCUAUUACCUGUGGACCACCUUCGUGGCGGUGGUGGUAGGAAUCAUUAUGGUGAUCAUUAUUCACCCGGGCGGAGCGGCGCAGAAGGAGGACUCCGAGGACAGUGGGAAGCCCAUCAUGAGCUCUGCCGAUGCCCUGCUGGAUCUCAUCCGCAACAUGUUCCCAGCCAACUUGGUUCAAGCUACUUUUCAACAGUAUCGCACUAGGAGUGUUCCUAUCAUGAAGCCCAAGCCAACAGUCAGCCAGGACCUGAUGGAGACCACCACAAGGCGGGUCUUCAUCUAUGGCAUCCAGGAUGACAAUGGCACAGACAUCCAGAACUUCUCAUUGGACCUGACACCGCCACCUGACGUGGUUUUCAGAACACUCCCAGGCACCAGUGAGGGCAUGAAUGUCCUGGGUAUUGUCAUCUUCUCUGCAACAAUGGGAAUCAUGCUGGGUAGAAUGGGCCCAAAUGGCAGUGCUCUGGUCAACUUCUGUCAGAGUCUCAAUGAAGCUGUGCUGAAGAUCGUCGCCAUCGUGAUCUGGUACUUUCCAUUCGGAAUUGUGUUCCUGGUUGCUGGGAAGAUCUUGGAGAUGGAUGAUCCCUCUGCCAUGGGGAAGAAACUGGGCUUUUACGCCAUCACUGUGGUGAUGGGACUGGUGCUCCAUGGCCUCUUCAUCCUGCCUGCCAUGUACUUCUUCAUCACCAAGAAAAGCCCAAUCGUCUACAUCAGAGGCAUUCUCCAGGCCCUGCUCAUCUCCCUAGCCACCUCAUCGAGUUCUGCCACGCUGCCUAUCACCUUCAAGUGCCUCCUGGAAAACAACCAUAUCGACAGACGCAUCAUUCGCUUUGUGCUGCCUGUAGGCGCUACCAUCAACAUGGACGGCACGGCGCUCUACGAGGCUGUGGCAGCCAUCUUCAUCGCUCAGGUCAACAACUAUGAGCUGGACUUUGGUCAGAUAAUCACCAUCAGUAUAACGGCUACGGCAGCAAGCAUUGGUGCAGCUGGGAUCCCCCAGGCUGGUCUGGUCACCAUGGUGAUUGUGCUAACCUCAGUGGGCCUGCCCACUGAUGACAUCACGCUCAUCAUUGCUGUGGAUUGGGCAUUGGACAGGUUCAGGACCAUGGUGAAUGUGAUGGGUGACGCCCUUGCCACAGGAAUCAUGGCACACAUCUGCAGGAAAGAUUUCGUUAAGGAGGGAGAGGAAGUAAGGGUCCCCCUGAUCUGUGAGACGAGACCUAUGAUCAGCAUCCAGCAAAUGAUGAACUAUCAGAAGAACGGCUGUUUCCAGCCCCCGCCUGCUGGUCCAGUGAGGAAACAGGAGCACCUCUCCCCAGACGUGGCCCGCCUCAUGCAGCUGGAAGAGGGUAUACGGCCCCCCGAGAAAAAGAAGCCCUCGCACCUUUCGCCACACCACCACAAGAGAGACCCCAAGGACAAGGACCACUGCGCUAUCGACAUGAACGGACUGGAAACCAAUGUAUAGACUCCCCCCUCAGGUCAGGAAACAACCAGCAGUCACGGCCUGGGAAGAGA